GAAACUGUAUAGAUACGUAGAUGGACCACGCCGUAUACUCUUGUGGCAACUAAUUUUUGGACGCAAACAUCUUAAUAACAAAAGAAUAAUAUUGUAGUCGCGUCCAUUGCGUUAUCAUAGCGCUAAACGUACCUCAUUCGAUUGUUUUGCGAGUUGUGUUGUAAUUUAUAUACAUAUAAUAUAUAUUAUCGAUAAAACUACAAUAAUUUUCAUCAUACACUGGUGUAAUUCAUUAAGGGAGCGGUAAAAUCUUCUGGACAAUUUUAAGUACUAUAAUAAUCGUUCUAAUAACGUGUGAUUUCACUUUUCACUUUCAUCGUAGGUAGGCUAAUGUUUUUAUCGAGCAUCGAGCUUCGACGACACUGAUUUUACACAAAAUAAUAAUGUUAUCAUUGGAACGGCGACUGUGGAUAGUCUUGUGUGAUAACGUUUCCCAAUAUUUUCAUGUGUCUAAACGUCUAAGAAUGUAUUACUAUUGGCCGUGCUGAGUCAAAUCCCAAAUGUUUAACAUUAUUUUUGUUUUGCCUAUGAACCGUACGGCUAAAUUAUUUUGUGCACAGUAUUUGAUACGAUUGAAUUUGUAUUCGCAGCGUCCUCAAGUAAGUCGGGUCUUAUUGUAGGUAUAAAGAGGACUGCCUAGUAUUAAAUCAACAUGGGUCAAACCGUGAGUCAGACACGCAGCAACGAUGAGCUCAUCAAUAUGUUGGUCAACAGAAGAUUCAUACGCACAAUCGAUGUUGAAAAAGUGUUACGGUCCGUCGAUAGAGGAUUCUAUUAUACCGUCGAGCACAAACGGAAUGCGUACAGAGAUUCAGCUUGGCAGAGUGGCAAAAUUCACUUAUCUGCCCCGUGUAUAUACGCCAAGGCCAUGGAAUGCCUUGCGUUGAAACCAGGAAAUCGAUUUUUGAACAUUGGUUCUGGAAUCGGCUACUUCAGUACUGUAGCUGGCUUGUUGCUGGGCCCAAAUGGCGUGAACCACGGUAUUGAAAUUCACGAGUCGCUCAUAGAACACGCUUACACGAAACUAGAAGAAUUUAAAUUAAAUGCGGCCGCAAUCGAUUACCAUGAUUUUUGUGAACCAAUUUUUAUACAAGGAAAUGCGUGCGAAUUGUUGCCAAUGGGUUACUAUGAUAGGGUUUAUUGUGGAGCUGGUGUUCCACCAGAGGAAACCGAGUUCAUGAAAUCACUUAUAAAUAUUGGUGGAAUUCUAGUCAUGCCUUUAGAAGGUUUUCUCUUGAAAAUAACUAGAAAAGAUGAACAUUCCUGGCAAUCUGUUAAAGUAUUAGAGGUAUCAUUUACAGACCUCGUUAUACCAGAAAAAACCAGUUUCAAAACAAUAGAGUUUCCUGUCGUCGAACCACCAAGUUUGCAAGACUUAUGCAGAUCUAAUAUCCGUUCGUCGUUACGUGAAACCGUUGAGGACAAAUGCGCCUACAUACCGAUGCGUACAAAAUGCACAGAGAAGAAUGACACCGACGAUAAUGAGCACAUGUUGCCACAUUUUAAUAACGAAAACUUUGGCGAUCCGUUGACACAGUUUGUGCGCUUACGAUUCGGUGGCAGCGAAGAAGGGUUAGCCAGUUUUCGUAACAUUGUGGACACGUUGGUAGGCUUGGAAGACAUGUCAGAAACUCCGUCGAUUUCAGAAGAUGAUGACGAUGAUGAUGAAAACGAUGACGAUGAUGAUGUUGAUGAUGACAACGAUGAUGAUGAGGAGGACUUUCCAGUUGAAGAUUCAGUAGGCUAUGAAGAAUUGGCAGAAGCUAUCUGUGAAGCAGAAGAAGAAGUGGAGGAGUCGAACAUAAUAGAAUCACCUGAACGUCAAUCGGACGAUUCAACCAAGAGAAAGUCUCCGGAAGCCGAAGUUUCAGACGCAAGCAAAGUCCAGGCAGAAGUGGAAAAUCCCAAAAGAAUAAAAUUGAACUCUUCGACUUCAACAAACUCCAACGAGCCGUCCACGUCGUCGCACAAUACCAGCGACAUGUGGGAAACCGUAUCGACAGAAUCGUCACAUAGGUCAUUGCACAAUGAAGACUCCGGAGCGAGUUGGUUUUCGUCUGUGGCCAACGACGACGGCGAGGAGGAGGACAAUUUUAGUUUUAUCAAUAAUGACAGAUACAGUGAUGACAGUGACAGCGAUAGUGAUAGCGAAUCUAAAGUAGAUACGAUCUUGUACAGUUUCAAAAGCGAUUGCAAAGAAAAUCCGUGGAGUAAAAUGUUAAAAGAUAAAAUUAACGAUUUGCCAAUUCCUGUACCACUCAAACAUUUCCUCAAUUACCACAGGGUCGACUAAUACUUAAGCAUUUGUUUGUUUUUAUGUGAUUCAUAACUUUGCCAAUUUUUGUAUUUUCUUGUACAUAAAAUAUUUAACUAGUUAUGUCGAAUGUUAAUUCGGCUGAAAUAAGAAUGAUGAUUAUUAUGUUAACAGAUUAAGAGAUCAUUAUAUUUUGUCUAUGUUUAUUUCUUUUCUUUUUUUUUUUUUUUCUUAGGGACUUAAUAAUAGUUUAAAGAUUUGUCCCCUAGACUGUUACUUAAGUAUGUGAUGAUAAUAAUAAGUCUAUCACCCCGUGCUAUUGUUUGUUUUCAUAUGUUAAAUAUUUCAACUUCUUUGAUGUAAAUUUAUGGUUUGAUAAUAUUAUAUACGUAUAUUUUUCUCUUUAUAUAUAAUAUAUACACAUAUUUAUAUUUUAAAAAAAGGUGA